GUCAUGGUAGGUGUCUGGGCCGGAGUGCGGAGGUUACAACCGGGAGAAAGAGGAGCCGACCAAACUAAGGAAGACCAGGAAGCUCCGUGGACAUGUCAGCCAUGGCCACGGCCGUAUUGGCAAAACAGAAAGCAUCCUGGAGGUCGCGGUAAUGCCGGUGGUAUGCAUCACCACAGAAUCAACUUUGAUAAGUACCACCCUGGUUACUUCGGUAAGGUCGGUAUGAGACAUUACCACUUGAAGAGGAAUCAACAGUUCUGCCCCACAAUCAACCUGGACAAACUGUGGACCUUGGUCAGUGAGCAGACCAGGCUGACCCAUGCUAAGAACCUUGAAGGCCCAGCACCCAUCAUCGAUGCCGUGCGUGCAGUAAGUGGGAACCCUUUAUUAAUCUUGUGAAAUCAGCAGCUAUUACUACCCUGUAUAUCUUUAGGAUAU